CUCUCAUUAAGUGAACAUGGAUGAAAAUGGGAAACAAUUUCCAGAGUGCAAAUUCCUUCUAUCAAACUCGACCGCUUAAUUAAUAACUUCCGCAUGCAGUUUCAUGCAAUUAACCCCACUUACUAAUACAUAAGUCAGGGACCGAUAAACCUUGCUUUAUUACUCAUCCUAGGACCUAUGACGUAGCAAUUCUAUCAGUAAAUCAGUGAAUACUUCAUCUACCUAGUGUUGAUGUUAAGCAGGAUGACUAGCGUUAUAGCCUCAUCGUCUUCGGCGGCUCUCACAUUCGAUCUCGUCGCGAGGUGUUCCACAACCCGAGCACGAGCCUCUAUUUUAACCCUUCCUCAUGGACCAGUCCAACUUCCAGUCUUUAUGCCUGUGGCAACACAGGCAUCAUUAAAAGGCUUAACUCCAGAACAGUUGGAAGAGACCAGUUGUCGUCUGUGUCUGAAUAACACUUAUCAUCUAGGCCUAAAGCCUGGACAGGAAGUGCUCGCUGCGGUUGGAGGGGCACAUAAACUGCAAGGAUGGAACUAUAACCUACUCACAGAUAGCGGAGGAUUCCAGAUGGUUAGUUUACUCAAGCUGGCUAAUAUCACAGAAGAGGGUGUCAGAUUCUUGAGUCCUCAUGACGGCACGCCGAUGCUUCUUACUCCUGAGCACUCCAUUUCUCUUCAGAACACCAUCGGCAGUGAUAUCAUGAUGCAACUAGACGACGUAUUAGUGACUACUUCACCAGACGCCGUGCGGAUGCGAGAGGCAAUGGAGCGCAGCGUUAGAUGGUUAGAUCGGUGCAUCGCCGCGCAUAAAAACCCAACCACGCAGAAUCUAUUCUGCAUUAUCCAAGGCGGACUGGACCUCGACAUGCGGAGGGAGUGUUGUAAGGAGAUGGUCGCUCGAGAUACACCGGGUAUCGCCAUCGGUGGACUCAGCGGUGGAGAGGCAAAGGCGGACUACUGCAGCGUAGUAGUUACCUGUACCGCGCUCUUACCUGAGCUGAAACCCCGGUAUGUGAUGGGAAUCGGGUACCCCGAGGACCUGGUCGUCAGCGUUGCCUUAGGAGCCGACAUGUUCGACUGCGUUUGGCCUACGCGCACAGCCAGAUUCGGAAACGCAAUCACAAAAUACGGCAUCCUCAACCUCCGCAACGCCAAAUACGCCAACGACUUCGGGCCUAUAGAAGAUGGCUGCGGGUGUAAUUGCUGCCGCAAGGACGGCAUGGGCAUCACCCGGGCAUUCGUGCACCACAACACGGCUAAAGAGACUGUAGCUGCGCACUUGCUAACCAUGCAUAAUGUCUGGUACCAGCUGGACCUGAUGAAGCAGGUCAGGGAGGCGAUUAUUGCCGACAGGUACCCGACUUUCCUGCGGCGGUUUUUUGCGAACUUAUACCCGGAUCAAGCUAAUUACCCGAAAUGGGCGGUAGAUGCCCUACGGGGUGUAGGGGUAGAUCUAUACGAAAAUAUAUGAAAAGCUACUUGUUCGCGUUUGUGUGGUCCAUGAAGCCGUGAUAUCCCGACACGGGAAUGUUUGCCAGGUUACUCCAGCCGAGCCGGAAGUAGUACUGAUGAGCUUUACCCUUUGUUCUGA